GCGUGUUCAAGGUCAUACACUUAAACAACACGUACAAUCAUUUAUUGGUAAAUGUACAGGCUAUGAAGAACUAACAGAAUAAAUAUAAAUAAAAUCAAAAAACUAUUUACAAAAGACGCGAGGGUUUUGAACAAUUUAAGCGGCCGGUCGAAUGUUCCGGUGCAUAUGUUAGUCUCGGUCCGCUAUAAUUUUGUGAUAACUAAUGGUUCUACCUGUGAAAUAAGAUGUGAUGUCAGAUAGAGGUCUUGAACUUCGAAUCUGGAAAAAUAAGUUAUACAAUUUGCAGCGUGAAGCUCCUUCGCCACAUGUAAUACCCUGCAAUCGAGUUUUAAAUCAUUGCCCACCCCAGUAUGGUGUUGAAUAUCAUGGCCCAAUAUCGCGUCAGGAAACCGAAGAGCUGCUUUCUAAUGCACAUGAUGGCUCUUAUCUUAUCAGAGACAGUCAACGUGCCGAAAACGCCUAUACCUUGGUCAUUUGGUUCGAUAAAGUGGCAAAAAACUUCAAGUUGUAUUUUGAUCCCAUAACCAAGCAGCACUUUGUUGGAGAAACUAAAUUUGACACUGUAGAACUCCUUGUCGCUGAUGGCCUUAUUCAUUUUUAUGUGGAAACACGCGGAGCAGAUGUUCUUAAGAGAAUUGCAGAAGCCAACAUUUAUCAAAAGACGCCGUUUUAUAAGGUUCGUUAUCACACUUUCAACUCUCAGGCAGUAGAAGCAUGCCUUAGCAUAAAGUCCUCUGAAAACAAAGUGAUGAAUAACGAACGUCCUCUUCCUUCUCCGUUAAAACACCUCCAAGCUUCUCAACGCUAUGCAAACACUUCCAAACAGUUAUCUUGUCGUCGUCAGUCUAUGGAUGCAAGUCAUCUUGAUAGCCGUUCCAAAUAUCAGUCCGUCGUUUUUACGAAACCACUUAUUCGUGACUGGCCUGAUGAUAAAAAUGGGUUCAAAAAUUACCGGAAUUAUCCCCCUCUGGCUGUUCAACAGUCUAAUGCUUGUAGCCCAAUACAACAACAAACUGACCCAAUAACUACCACCUCUACUUUUGAAGUAGGUUUUUCUCAUCUAAGGUUGGGACCACAAGGAGAUAUGCAUGAAGUUGUGAGCAGCACACAGUCUUUCUCUGGAGUUACUUCAUCUCACACAACACAAGCUUCCAGUUGUAGUACAGUAACAGCAACUAGCUGUGCGACCGUUGUUAAAACUAUUUCUUCAAGUGACCAAUGUUCUUCGGUUAAUUCAGUUUUAAUUCAAGCACCUCUUGCCACUUGUUUUUCUGGGGAAUCAAGCAGUUUAAGUUCUUGUACAAAUAGUAGUUCUAGUAGUCACAUGGGUCUUCUACCGAGUGCUCAGUCAUAUGAGUUGGAAUCUGAAUUUUCUUCCGAAUCAUUUGGUCCAAGACAUAUUUCAUUUGGUAGUAAUUUAUCUGACCACUAUUUUUCAAACGGAGUUUCAUUUCAAAGUUCCAAACUUAAUGGGAGUACGUCAACUUCUCCAAAACAACAGCUAAAUGAUUUAUCCUUUACAGAUUCUGACUAUGCACAAAAUGAUGCUAUGCGUAAUCUUCAGGAACGAUAUAACUUGCCUAUGGCUUGUUUACCUGAUCCAUGUACUUUUAUUUCAAAUGUCAAACCACAUAAUUUUAGGAUUCAUACUUAUCGUGGACCUCAUUGGUGCGAUUAUUGUACUCAUUUUAUAUGGGGGCUCGUUGCUCAGGGCAUGAAAUGUGUAGAUUGUGGAUUUCAGGCUCAUAAACGAUGUGCUGAUCUUGUACCGUGUGACUGUGUACCAGAUAUUAAACAAAUGAAGCGAGUGUUCGGUGUGGACUUGACUAAUUUGGCAAGAGCUGAAAACAAGACUGUGCCAACUCUGCUAAUUAAAUGCAUUCAAGAAGUAGAACGUCGAGAUGGUUUGCGUUGUGAAGGCCUUUAUCGUAUUCCUGGAAAUUAUGAUCUUGUGGAAGAAUUACGUACUGAAUUCGAUAAAGAUCCGGAAUUGGCAAAUGUAUCUGAGGCACGUGUUCGAGAUAUCAAUGUUUUGACAAGUUUGAUUAAAUCAUUUCUGCGUCAAUUGCCUGUUCCAUUAAUCACCUAUGAAGCAUAUCCAGAUUUACUGGAUGUUGUUAGAGAUGAUCGACUGAAUGAACAAGAGAAAUUAGAUUUGUUAAGAAAAAUAUUUGCUCGCUUACCCGGUGCACAUUAUGAAAGUUUGCGUUAUUUUAUAAACCAUAUACACAGAGUGGCUGAAAAGCAAGAUGUGAAUAUGAUGACUGCAGCUAAUUUGGCUAUUGUCCUAUCACCUACUCUACUGAGUUCAUCUUAUACUGAUCCUAUAAGUUGUUUAGCUGGAACACUUUUUGAACAUACCUUAAUAGAAUUACUUAUAAAACAUUGUACUUACUUACUUCCAUCAAGCGGACGAUGGUUAGCUAGUAGACCUACUGAAUUAGCAGACAAUGCAAUCCAUUCACCAUCCCAUCGUCAUAGUCAAAUCAUUACCAAUAAUAAUUUUAUUCCACCGGUCACUACGGUAUCACCACCUAGUAUACCAUCUUAUAAGAAAUGGAAUUUUUUAAGAAGUCGAUCAUCCACAGAUACUCGUACAGUGCCAACUUUAUCACCUAUCCCAUGAAAUUGGAUGAACAAUUAUCGAUCUCGUUCUGUAUCUCUUUGUGUCAGUAUAAAUAAAUUAUUGUGAAAUGUCAUAUUUUUUACUACCUAUCUUACCAUUAUAUUAUUCUCUGAUUGUUCUGUAUCAAUAAAUAUUUGUUAACACAUUCCACCAUUUUUUUAUAUAACUUUUUGAUUGUGUCCAUUUUUGCAUUUCACAAAACGUUCUUAACAAACUUGUACACAUAUAUUUACUCAUUUCUUGAACUCCAUAAUGUAUGUGCUUGUUUUAGAGAAAUCAUUCAUAAGUGAUACUUUUAUUGUCUUCCAGUUUCUUUUCUUUUAUUUACUUUAAAACAUUUAAAUGCAAGCAGUAUAAUCUCGAGUUUAUAUGAUCACUUAAAAGCUUAUUUAUAUAAAUAUAGCGUGUUUCUAACAUCUGAUUGUGUAUUUCUAUCUUAUCUUAUUGUUCAACUCACUACCUUUGAAUAUAUGCUUGUUGUCCAGCUCUUAUUAUGUGGGGAUUAUGCUGAGACAUCUUUAAACAUUAUUUAUUGAUAAACUUAUAUGAUGGUACCAUUUUUAUUUGAUUUUUAUAAAUAGGACUGACAGUGCAAGACAAGAAAACGAAAUAACACUUUGUACAUAUACAUAUAUCUGUAUUAUUAAA